CCUCCCCCUGUUAAAUGGAUCUCUGGAACACAGCAGGGUUUGCUCAGUUAUUGUAGAUCUUGUGUUAAGAUCGAGUGUUCAUAGCUUAGAUCCGUUUUAGAGAGUGCAGAUCAUAUAAAGUCCAGCUUCAACGAAAAUCCUUCCUUUUUUUUCAAUUCAAGCCCAUACUCACUACCCCUUUUAUCGAUUUCCAAAACCAUAGAAAACUCAAUGGCCGGUGAUAUCUUUAUAUUUACGGGAGCCAACGACGACAGUUACGACGUUUCUCUAAGCUUUAAUUAUAUGCAAAGCGUGGGAAUACAACGCAUCCCUCUACCCACAAGCCGAAUUUGCAUAUGGGUUCGGACACACUGAUCCUAUAAAGGCCUUAAAUCCAGGACUGGUAUAUAAGACAUCUUUUCAAGAAUAUCUCAAGACAUUGUGCAACCUCACAAAUGCUAAUUGUACCGUGAAGUUGCCUCCCAAAGAGAUUAAUUACCCGUCCAUGGCAGUUCGAGUAGAAGUGGGAGUUGCGGUUUCAGAGUCAUUUCCAAGAACGCUAACAAAUGUUGGUGCCAGUUCAACUUAUGUUGCAUCUAUAGAGGGAGACACCUCAAAGUUGCGUUUCAAAGUGGAUCCCAACACUUUACGAUUCACAAAAAGGAACCAGAAGAUGAAUUUCGUGGUGACUGUUAAAGGGAGUAAAAUGAAGCCCUCCACUAUAAAUAGCGCGUCUCUAGUGUGGACUGAUGGUGUUCACAAAGUUCGCCAACACUUUACGAUUCACAAAAAGGAACCAGAAGAUGAAUUUCGUAGUGACUGUUAAAGGGAGCAAAAUGAAGCCCUCCACUAUAAAUAGCGCGUCUCUAGUGUGGACUGAUGGUGUUCACAAAGUUCGCCAACACUUUACGAUUCACAAAAAGGAACCAGAAGAUGAAUUUCGUGGUGACUGUUAAAGGGAGCAAAAUGAAGCCCUCCACUAUAAAUAGCGCGUCUCUAGUGUGGACUGAUGGUGUUCACAAAGUUCGCCAACACUUUACGAUUCACAAAAAGGAACCAGAAGAUGAAUUUCGUGGUGACUGUUAAAGGGAGCAAAAUGAAGCCCUCCACUAUAAAUAGCGCGUCUCUAGUGUGGACCGAUGGUGUUCACAAAGUUCGCCAACACUUUACGAUUCCCAAAAAGGAAGCAGAAGAUGAAUUUCGUGGUGAUUGUUAAAGAGAGCAAAAUGAAGCCCUCCACUAUAAAUAGCGCGUCUCUAGUGUGGACUAAUGGUGUUCACAGAGUUCGGAGUCCUAUCGUGUUUUACACCAGGUCCGAUGGAAAAAGUGCGUCACAUUUUUCUAGACCUCACAUCGUAUUUAUGUUAAUCCCCUUGAUGAUUAUUCACUUGUUCUUUUCUUUUUUAGAUUAAAAAACGAUAUUGUUGUUCAUAUAUUCCAGAUUUCUCAAUUUACCUUAGACAGUUUUCUCACUAUGGUGUGCUUGUAUUUGGUGUCAUUAUGUCAUUAUUCUUACAACUUUUGGGUAAAUGUAUAAUAGCAUAACACACAGUAUGGGGGUGGGGGCAGGACUGACGAAAAUAGAAUAACAUUUAUCGCGGAUACAUCACUAAUCCAGCUCAAGUGUAGAGGCUCAAACGGAACGGGUCAAUUAGCAUUUGUGUGAAAAUAGAAAUUAUACAUAAAACAUUAAGCUAACCUAGAGCUUUAUCGAAGCAGUCUUCUAUACAACACGAACCCAUGUCCCUCCACACAUUGGAAAAAGGACAACCAUGAACCCAACGGUUGAUCCACCAUGUCUCAAACUCAUUUGAGUGGACGUGCUACUGUUGCCACCUUGUGAGCCAAAGCUGUAGUUUGGCGCAAACAUCUAACACAUUGCAGAUUUGUAUUUUAGUUUCUUUGCCUUAUUAAACAUGUAUUUAUGUUUAUGCUGUUGAAUCAAACAAAAAAAUCGUUUUACAAAGUGUAUUUUAGAUGCUAAGUGCACUUAUCAAUGUGAGCUUUAUAGACCCAGUUUUUGGAACUUUGAAUUAAGUGAAGAAGAGUAUCCUUUGGUACACUAUGCACGCAUGAACGGGUUAACCAGCUGCUUUACAAUAUUCUUGCAUAGCGUUGAAGGUGAUGAUGGAGAUGACUAUGUGCUAGAGUUCUUUCUACAGUUGGGGAAUAAAGAUAGCAGACACGUUGUGAACUUGGUGCAAACGUUGAAGCAGCGCGUUGAAGUCGCUUUGGGAUUUGAGUUGGGUGAGAUAUUAUUACCUGUAGAAGUUACUGAACCACCUAGGGAUGUUAGUUGUCUGUCUUUCAAUACAAAUCCUUAUAUUAUUCCAAUAUCCUCUACCACAUUGGCAAACGCCUUGACACCUGAGACGGAUUCAUCAGAUUCAGAGUCAUUGUCUGCAAAUGUUGCUAAAACGGACCUUGCAAAUGUCCCAAGCCAACGGUCACCCAAACAUAUUUACCCCAAUAAACAGGAAUGUAUUAUCACUGACAAUGUAAGUAUGCAGAAGACGAAACAGAGCAGAAAACAUAAGAUAGACUCGCUGACAAUGGAGACGGUCGAGCAACAUAUUGGAAAACCACUAGGCCAAACUGCCGAAAUCCUUGGUGUUAGUAGGUCUACGUUGAAGCGCUUUUGUCGGGAGCAUGGGAUAUCCAGUUGGCCCGUGCCAAAGCAUAGCAAAAGAAGCGAUUUAGUUACUGACCCAAAUCUGUCACAAGAAUUAUGGUUAGAGAAACAAUUGCAACAGUCUUCAGUCUUCAACGCGGAGCGUGAGCCAUAUUUCAGAAACGGGGUUGUUGAUGGUGAAGGCGAGUUUUAAAGGUGAUAUGAUAAAGUUCCCAUUUUGUGUUUCAUCCGGGUUGCUGCAACCGUGACUUGGAGUUUUUGGCUAGUAAGACCGCUAUUAAAUUAUUCGUCCACCUAGCUGAUGAUGUUCGAUUAGCAUUUAAAAGAUCACAAAGUGAGUAAAGUAGAUCGGUCCAGUGUACGGCUCCACAACGGGAUCGGGUAAAUCAUAGCUUGCGCUGGGCUGGAUUCUUUGUAGGAUGAUUGUCUAGUAUUUAUAGAUGUGAAAAUUGAAUAACCCACUCGUGUAUUUCAUAAUGAGAUUGAGUU